CGCCCCCAGCCGCCGGGGACUCCAGAUACCGCCGCAGCUCGCUCGCGCCCCGGAAGCUGCCCCUUCCCGGGGUCAUGAUGGGCAGCAAGAUGGCGUCUGCCAGUCGGGUCGUCCAGGCAGUGAAGCCACAUACACCAUUAAUAAGGUUCCCUGACAGAAGAGACAAUCCUAAACCCAGUGUAUCAGAAGCUUUGAGAUUUGCCGGGCUCCCGCCUCACUCCUCUGUAAUUUCACAGCAUUCUAAAGGGAGUAAAUCACCGGACUUGCUGAUGUAUCCAGGUCCACCAGACACUGCAGAAAUAAUAAAAACACUACCUCAGAAGUACAGAAGGAAACUGAUAUCUCAGGAGGAAAUGGAGUUUAUCCAAUGUCUCUCAACAGAGUGA